GCUCUUAGACGACGCCUGUUUAUAGAUUUGUCUCCCGAAAAAACAAAACAUCAUUGCUUUGACUUCACCUUUGUGAAUACAAGUUCGCGUGCAGCAAACUAGUCUAGCAAAUCUUGUUUUUGUUAUGCAGGAUAUAACUUGUUUGAUUUCACCAACAAUGCACUGAACUGGAGUUGGCUGUUUCUUUCUCUUGAUCAUACUCCACCGCUCCAAUCCACUUCUCCAAAAAGAUGGUGCAUGCUCUUGGUUUCACUUUGCUAGCAAUUUUAGGGGUUAUCGGGACCUUACAAGAAGUGACAUCACAUGGAGGUCAUCCUCUAUCGAGAAUAGCAGUUCACAAAGCAGAACUUGCUAUUGAUGAGCUUGCUUAUGUCAAAGCAUCUCCUACAAUUCUUGGAUUGAAAGGUCAGAACUCGGAGUGGGUUACACUUGAAUAUAGCAUUCCAAAUCCUUCAAUUGAUGAUUGGAUUGGAGUGUUUUCCCCUGCUAAUUUCAGCGCGUCCACGUGCCCUCUUGAAAAUCCUAGAAGUUAUCCUCCGGCAUUAUGCACUGCUCCUGUUAAGUACCAAUAUGCAAAUUAUAGUAGCCCAAAGUACAAAGAUAAUGGAAAAGGAUCUUUGAAGCUUCUAAUGGUCAAUCAACGAUCAGACUUUUCUUUUGCAGUAUUUAAGGGCGGAUUGUUAAAUCCAAAGCUAGUGGCAGUGUCAAAUGUUGUUUCCUAUGCGAACCCAAAUGCUCCUGUUUAUCCACGCCUUGCUCAAGGAAAGGAGUGGAAUGAAAUGACAGUAACAUGGACUAGCGGAUAUGGGAUCAGUGAUGCGGAACCAUUUGUUCAGUGGGGUCAGCAAGGAGAAGAACAGACACGUACUCCAGCAGUGACAUUGACUUUUGACCGUAAAACUAUGUGUGGUGCACCAGCAAGAACCGUAGGGUGGCGGGAUCCUGGAUUCAUCCAUACCAGCUUUUUGAAGGAGUUGUGGCCCAAUUCAAUGUACACCUACAAGCUGGGGCAUAAAUUGUUCAAUGGAACAUAUAUCUGGAGCCAUACGUAUCGGUUCAAAUCAUCUCCAUAUCCUGGUCAAAACUCUCUACAGCAAGUAGUCAUAUUUGGUGACAUGGGAAAGGAGGAGGCUGAUGGAUCCAAUGAAUAUAAUGAUUUCCAACAUGGGGCCUUAAAGACUACCAAACAGCUUAUAAAAGAAUUAAAAGACACCGACAUUGUCUUCCACAUAGGAGAUCUCAGUUAUGCCAGUGGCUAUCUGUCACAGUGGGAUCAGUUUACGUCUCAGGUUGAACCAAUUGCCUCUGCAGUACCCUAUAUGGUAGCAAGCGGAAACCAUGAGCGCGACUGGCCAGAUUCAGGAUCCUUCUACAAUACCAUGGAUUCAGGAGGAGAAUGUGGUGUCCCCGCUGAGACUAUGUUCUACGUUCCUGCUGAGAACAGAGCUAACUUCUGGUACUCAACAGACUAUGGCAUGUUCCGUUUCUGUGUUGCUGAUACAGAACAUGAUUGGAGAGAGGGAACAGAACAGUAUAAAUUCAUUGAACACUGCCUGGCAUCUGUGGAUAGGCAGAAGCAACCAUGGUUGAUUUUUCUUGCCCAUCGCGUGUUAGGUUAUUCUUCUACAUCUUUUUAUGCUGAUGAAGGAUCAUUUGCUGAACCAAUGGGAAGGGAGAGCCUUCAGAUACUCUGGCAGAAGUACAAGGUUGAUAUAGCCUUGUAUGGCCAUGCACAUAAUUACGAAAGAACAUGUCCAAUCUACCAGAAUAUAUGCACAAGCAAAGAGAAAAAGAAUUACAAGGGCUCCUUAAAUGGAACAAUACAUGUGGUUGCUGGAGGCGGAGGAGCUAGCCUUACCGAAUUCAGCUCCAUUCAGACCCAGUGGAGUAUUUUCAAGGAUGUGGAUUAUGGAUAUGUAAAACUUACCGCGUUUGACCAUCAAAACAUGUUAUUUGAAUACAAAAAGAGCAGUGAUGGGAGAGUUCAUGAUUCCUUUACAAUAUCCCGCGAUUACAGAGACAUCUUGGCCUGCACAAAGGAUAGCUGCCCAGCUACCACGUCAGCAUCUUGAUCCGGGUAUUGUCUGAAAUUUUUUCAAGAAUUUGAAUCAAUAGCAUCACUAGCCAUCUCCUUGCUCUCUUCCUGACUCUUGAAGAAGUGAAGAACAUGAAACUGAAAAGAAUAUAAAAUGUGCAACCGUAAACCUCUUUUGUUGUUACCAUAGUAAAAUCACCAAGAAUGUAAUAUUGUAGACUCAUGCUACAGGUUAAUAGAAAACGAAUUGCAGAAGAGUAGUGCACUUCGAAAUUUAGUCUGUUAUGCAGGUUUAUUAGCAUCAAUUUGUACCCAAACUCCAUAUGCAUACAAGUGGCAUUCCAAUAUUUUAGUUCCAAGCUGAA